UAUAUCUUAGUUGCAUCACGAAAGUUGUAUUAGUUACACCACGAAGAAAUGUCACGAAAGUUGUAUUAGUUACACCACGAAGAAAUGUCACGAAAGUUGUAUUAGUUACACCACGAAGAAAUGUAUAAUAUAUUGGUUGCAAGCGUUGCUUAUAUCUUAGUUGCAUCACGAAAGUUGUAUUAGUUACACCACGAAGAAAUGUCACGAAAGUUGUAUUAGUUACACCACGAAGAAAUGUCAAAUGAAGACAUGUCAAAUGAGGACAAACAGUAGAGGCUGUUAGUCAAUAUCUGUGGAAGCUGUUUCUAUCCCUCUCGUAGUAUAUAAUCCCCAUAUUUCAUUCUUGCAAGUAGAUGUGCAACGAUGAUUUAUUGCCCAAUUUAUGAAUCUCCCUGGAAGAAAUGCAAGUGCUUUCAAAUCAACACAAAGGUUCCAUCCAAUUCAACACAGCUCGACCGGCUAUGCCUUAAUCUUCCUAAUGGAAUGUCCAAGAACCAUCAGCUCGUGGACAUUGCCAUGGUGAUCCUACCCUACGUACGGGAGAGCUGUGCCAAUUUCGAAGUUGCUUUGGAGAUCAAGAACCUCUUUGUGGGAGUGGGCGACAGCGAUGUAAUCAUCAACUCGGACGCCCUGGGAUUCUACCCCUACCGCAUCAAACUCUGGAUCGAUCCACAGCUUGACGAGAUGAAGAGCCCUGUCAAUGCUAUCUAUGAAUACAAUUCCCGUGCCAAUUCCAGCACGCGCACCACGAGCAGCGACAACGAGAUUGGAGCUCGAUUUAAUCUAUGGGCACUGUCGCUCAGAUUAAAGAAAUCAUGGGGGCGGUCACUUCAAGAGCCAAUGGAGUGCGAGUCCAUCAGUGUUGGAGAUCCAGGGAACACCGCCAAGCUCGAGUGGAAUCUCCUUCGCUGGAAUCACAAUGGGAUGAAGUAUAAUCCAUCCAAACCAUACUCUGGCCUUGGCUCUCUUAAGCCGCCAUUGCGAAGAGGGCGCACAAGUAUCAGUGUGGAAGACUUUCCCAUCACUGUGUGGCAUCUGCCAGCAACCAUGGCAUCCAAGUUUCCACUCCGGUUCAACCUUCGUCUCGAGGCUGACAUGCAUCUCGUCUGGUACACAAGAAGCAAAUGGGUGUGCCGAGAGGCAAAUUGCACCAGCGAGAGAGUCGAAUUUUCUCGAGAGUUUGUUGUCGCAGAUGGUGAGUGACAAGUCCGACUGUCAUACUGCUUCGAGCGUCUAUCGCUUCUUACUGUUCUUCCCCAGUAUCGAGUUUGGAGCUAGAAACUUACUACACAUACAUGUGUCUUUCAGUGUCUUGAAUGGGAUUUUAGCAGGCCAGAUUGCCUCUGGCAGCGAAUCCAGAAAUUAGCUAGCCUUGCCUGCGAAAACCCUGCUGUUUUCCUCAAAGAGAUCUCUUUCCUCCUUUUUCUGCUUUACCUGAUCGCUCGCGCAAUCGACGUUAUGAACGGGUCACGUCACGCGUCCCUGUGGCUGUAGGAAGACUCGUUGUGGACAGCAGCAGUGUUAGAAGCUUUUCUAGCCUUCUCGGCCAGAUUCCAGAGCAUCCCGGUGGCUACCAAGAUCAUCAGUGUCACCAUCUUGGGUCUCGAAAGCAAAUUAAUAAAGCUGGAAAAACAAGUACCUCGCCAAUGUCAUCCCACAGCAAGAUCACGCUGCAGCCGAGCUUCCUUGGCCUCACUAACCGCGUUUUGCUUCUUCUCGUCAUCUGGAAUUCAUAGGAUAUUAUCGAUCCAGUGUUUGGUCACGAGCCGCCAGUUUACAACGCGUAGUUCUACAGUCCAGAGAAGAUCAAGGAA